AUUGUUCACUUCUCACUCUAGAAUAGUGUAGUUUGUUUCUUCUUUGGCUAUAUAGACACUUGUAAAAAUAAUCCCAAGUCCCUCCUCUUCCUUCCAACACUAUUUUAGGCAGUGAUUCCCUCUUUAAUCUUUAUACAUGACCCUUGAGUACCCAAAAAGAACCUUGGAACUUGGGUUUAAAGUGCUUUAGUGCUAUACUUCUCUAACAAAACUCAUGUAAGCCAAAGUUGCAGAGGAGGUGACUCUUUUGAAAUACAGAAAGAUGAAGAUGAUGAUGCUCUUGAUAUUCAUGAUUUUCACUUCAUGUAUAGUCUUAGGAGACUCUACAUGUAACAUCACCACUGACCAAGAGCUACUUAUCAAGGCUUUCAGCUCAGUCUCUGGCUUCAAAUCUUAUUGGUUUAGCUCUCAUGAUCUGAACUGUAAAAGCCAACAUAUUACACAUGUGAACCUCUCAUCAAGAAAUCUGAAUGGUUCAGUUUCAUGGAAAUAUUUCAAGAAAUUGUCUUAUCUUCAAACAAUUGAUCUCUCCAACAAUUCUCUCAAGGGCUAUGUUCCAAGCUGGUUUUGGGCUAUUCCAACCCUGGUUGAGCUUAAUCUGUCCAAGAACAAGCUUGUAGGUACCAUUGGUUUCAAAAUCAGUUCAGAAUCUGGUCCAUUUUCAUCAAUCAGGCACCUCAAUUUGUCCGAAAAUAGGUUCACAAACUUGGCUAAUAUCUCCCAUUUUCCAAAUCUUACAGCUCUUGAUCUUUCACAUAACAAUCUCAAAUUCUUGCCUCUUGGUCUCAACAUGCUGAUCAACAUACAAUAUCUUGAUUUUUCAAAGUGUAACAUUUCAGGUAGUUUAAAUCCCAUUUCAAAUCUUCGCUCGUUAACUUACUUGGAUGUCUCGAUAAACCACAUGAUUGGUGAAUUUCCUUCUGAAUUCCCUCCGCUUUCUGGCCUCAAAUUCUUGAACAUCUCAUUUAAUAAUUUUAGUGGCAAUUUAACUUCAGCCAAUAUCGAAGAAUUCGGCCACUCUGCCUUUGUUCAUGCCGGAAAAUUCAACACAAGUUCCAAAAACAUCAACAGAAGUCCCACAACAGUACCUCAUUCAAUACGAAUUCCACCUGAAAACGAUGCGCAACAUCAAGAAAACCUUAAGAAAAGUAAUCAUACUUCAAAGCACAAGCAUCUGGCUCUAGCUGUAUCUGUUUCAGCCACAAUUUUGGUCAUUGCCAUGUUUAUGUACAUUUUCUAUAUGCAUAGAAAAAGAAAACUAGCAAAGAAAAACAGAUGGGCAAUCUCGAAACCAGCUCAAAUACCAUUUAAAGUUGAAAAAUCAGGACCCUUUUCAUUUGAGACAGAGUCAGGGACCUCAUGGGUGGCCGAUAUCAAAGAACCAUCAUCAGCAGCUGUAGUAAUGUUUGAGAAGCCUCUGAUGAACUAUCUUACCUUCAAGGACUUGAUUGCUGCCACGUCACAUUUUGGGAAAGAAUCCUUGCUUGCAGAAGGUAGGUGCGGGCCUGUUUACAGAGCUAUUCUGCCAGGUGAGCUCCAUGUGGCCAUCAAGGUGUUGGAGAGUGCUAGGUACAUUGAUAUUGGUGACAUGAAGGCCAUUUUUGAUGACAUCUCGAGGCUUAAACAUCCCAAUCUGUUGCCCAUCUCUGGUUACUGCAUUGCAGGCAAUGAGAAGUUAGUGUUGUACGAGUUUAUGGCCAAUGGUAAUCUCCAUCAAUGGCUUCACGAGCUUCCAGCUGGUAAAACCAAUGUAGAGGAUUGGAGCACUGACACUUGGGAGCAUAGCAAUGAAAUUGCGAAUAGACACCACAUUUCAUCCCCUGACAAAAUGGAGUGGCUCACUCGCCAUCGCGUUGCAGUUGGCAUUGCUCGUGGACUCGCCUACCUCCACCACGGCCUCUCUAAACCAGUGGUGCAUGGCCAUCUAGUCCCAUCCAAUAUCUUACUAUCCGACGACUUGGAACCAAAAAUUGCAGAUUUUGCAUUAGGCCCAGAUCAGGUCGGCAGGUCCCCUGAGGCCGACGUGUAUGAUUUUGGUACAGUCUUAAUCGAGUUGUUAACUGGUCAAAUCAGUUCAGAUGAGACCGUGAACACAGUUAGGAGAUUAGUUAGGGAGGGACAUGGACUAAAUGCAUUGGACUCGAGGUUAAGACGUGGUGGUGACACCGUCAGUGAGAUGGUGGAGAGUCUCCGAGUUGGAUACUUGUGCACAGCAGAAGUGCCACGAAAAAGACCAACUAUGCAACAAGUAUUAGGUUUGCUGAAGGAAGUAAAUCCUCUAAUGGAGGAGUUGAACUAAAAGUUAGUUUAGCUAUAGGAUUGCUCAAAUGAUGUCCAACUUUUUAACUUGCAUGGAACAUGCUAUUUUCUAUAUAA